UGUCUUCUUCGAAAAGCAUAAAAAACAGUUGGCCCAUAACACCCCCAAUCUCUGCCUUAAUUUAUCCCAAAUCCUACCUCACUUUAUUCAAUUCAUCUUCUCGUCCUCUCCGAUUCAGCUCUCUCAUGAAGCGAUCAAUCAUCUCCGGCGCCGAUAAUUUCGCCGACAAUUUUGCUGAUCGGAAAAUGAAGAAGAUCAAGGCGGACGACGGUGAUGAUGAGUCGGAUAAGAUUGAAUCCGUUUUGUUAGAUGAGAAUCUUCUGUACGAGGUGCUGAAACACGCCGACGCGCGCACGUUAGGCUCGGCGGCGUGCGUUAACAAGCAGUGGAACAAGACGGCCAAAGAUGAGCGCCUCUGGGAGCUGAUUUGCACUAAGCAGUGGGCGAAUAUCGGGUGCGGUAAGCAACAGCUUCGUUCCGUGGUCCUCGCGCUCGGUGGCUUUCGUAGACUCCACGCGCUUUAUCUCUGGCCGCUGGCGAAGCCGGCGGCGGUGACAGCUCCUCAGGCCACGACCGCGACGACUUCAGCGUGGCCGUGUCUUCCGACGCCGGUGAAAUCCAGUCCGGCGGUGGCGCCGGCGGCGAAGACUCGGUGGGGGAAGGAUGAGGUUCACUUGUCGCUGUCGUUGUUAUCGAUUCGGUACUAUGAGAAGAUGAAUUUUAGUGGUAGAGGCAAAUGAAGGACUUUGAUUUCGAAUAAUUAAGCGAUCAUUUUCGAUUUCUUUGUUUUUCGCAAUUUUAAUUUCUGAAUUUUCGGUGUUGUAUUAGAUAUAUGAAUGUAUUGUAUGUAUGUAUUCGAUAUGGAGAAAGUAGUAUGAGCAAUGUAUUUGUAUGAUCAGAUCUAUCUAUCUCUGUUGACUGUUGUAUUGUACUAAUAGUAUUAAAUUUUGAGUUAUGAUUUCUGACCUAA